GUACUUACUUACUUAGUACUCUGUACGUUGGUUUAUCAUUAUCCUAUUAAUAUGUCAUGCAUGCUAUGCUAUGCUAUGCCGCAGUUCUAUUAUAAAUUUAAGGUUUUGAGAACAACAGGUUCGUCAACAAACUUCCGGUUCAUUCGUUCGGGUUUAACUAGUACUUUAUUUUCAGGUUCCAAGUCUAUGGUGUAUGUAUAUGUCAUCAUGAAUAAUGAUUGUGGCGCAUUUUUACUUGGCAGGGCACAGCCAGCCAGUCCCUACGGAAAAGAUAAAUAA